CCCACGGUAGAGGGCAAGUAGCUACUAACCACCACUCUAUGCAACACGACGGCAACAUCUCGCUUCCAGGACCUUAACCAUACUCUCUCAUUAACACAGGCAAAUACACGCAGACACACACUCAGGCCACAGGUUUAGACAGCUGCCACACACGGACACACUCAGAGAGACUCCAUACUCUCUCUAGUACGUUCAUGACAGUGGGUUCUCUUGCCCUGAGUGACCCCACAAAUUUUACACAUUCAAUAAUACAUACACAGAGUGGGGAUUUGCAAAGCUCCAGACAGAAGAAACGCUGUGGACAUGGAUCUGCUUCUGUAUCCUGUCCUCUGCUGAGUGUGUUUCUCCUCAUUCCAGCAGUUUCAGCCCAAUCUGCCAUCAAUCUGACCAACCAGACAGAGGUUCCCAUGGUGACCUCACCCACAACACUGUCAUUCAACACUAUGCAUGUGGCUGGCAGCGCAACAACCCCAACUACAGCCCAGCCAAUGACUGAUGUGACAUCAUCCCCAGCACCCUCACCGUCAGGGAACAACACUCUUGUGACAACCCUCAGUGCCCUGCAGUCAAAUCAAUCAACAGCCUCACCUGGAAAUGCCAGCAGUGACAAUGAGGCACCCACAUCCUCACCUCGACUAUCGUAUCCUAACGUCAGAAGCUCUGCUCAGGCUAAAAUACCUAGUACCCCCUCACAAGACACUGCUGCUGGACCAGUCUUAGGAUCAACGGCUACUGCAACAGCAACCACUUCGACCUCUGUGACUUCUCCUGAGGGACCCAAAGGGACACACACAGACAUCCCUCCCACUCAGUCACAGGGCAAGAGCCUCACCAUGCUUGCCUUUGGUGUCAUGAGUUUAAUCCUCAUUCUCAUCAUUAUCAUGGUGGUUUUAGUAACAGUGGUCAACCUAAAAGACAAGUGCAGCAACUCCAAGGAGGAAGGUAAAAAGAGCAGUGAUUCUGUGGUGUCUGAAAGCAAUGUCACGUUUAGUGGAGAAAAAGAGAGCAUCACUUUGAUUUCCAUGAAGACCAUUAACACAGAAACUGACACAGACUCCCCCCAGGUCUCCUCCAUUCACAGUACAACACUGGACUAUGAGGAGCAGGAGCAAAACAGGGACCUACUGAACAACAAGCUGGUGUGAAAAUAAAGACCCUAGAUGUUCCGUUCCAAAACACAGAAAUCACCAAACUACUCAAACAAAAUAGUAGAGUGGUUGUUCUAUACACCUGAGAUCAAGUUACCGGGAGUCCACACAGCACCUGAAUUCAUAGCUGUGGAGAUAUUAUACAUUAAGCUACAACUAGGCCUACCGUUGUGUCUGAUGUGUCUACAUGUUGCCAUUCUAAUACAAAUAUCCCAUGUAUUUGUGUGAUGAUAUCAAAACUGCCUUUAUGGAGACAAUGUUGUGUGUUCUGUUUCAUAUAUAUAUAUAUAUAUUUUUUUUUCACCUUUAUUUAACCAGGUAGGCCAGUUGAGAGCAAGUUCUCAUUUACAACUGCAACCUGGCCAAAAACAACAGAGUUACACAUGGGAUAAACAA